AUGUAUACACGAUGGCUACAUGUACGCAUGAAAGAAUAUCCGAUGGAUGUACGUCGGCGGCCGCGUGAUGCCUCACUUCUUGCGUCAGCAAGUAAGGCUGCGGCGGGGGAAGAUGGUGUGGGCAUAGAUACGGCAAUGGCAACGGCGGGUUCUCCCAAUGACAUGACGGAAACGCAAGGAACAGGGAGUGAUGAAGUCGAGUUGGCGUACGGCAGUGCUUUUUAUCUCCAGGAGGAAUAUUUGCAGCGGCUGCGUCAACGUAGCCAUCGUCAAGAGUCGUCAGGGGAGGAGAGCGACAAUGAGGACGGCGGCAGCAAAGGUGUGACGUCCAAAGGGACGAAGGGGGCACCGUCACAUGAGGCAGAUCUCAUGGUGAACACGAGACACCAGCCGCUAUUUUUUCGCCUUGGAAAAGACUUUCCGCCGAUGGCGCCUUCAACAACGCCUGACGAUGGCGAGGAGACAGGGGCAGCAGACGGCCUCUUGACUGCCCUCCCUGUGCAGGAAGACAAGUCGAGCAUCAUCCUGCCCGUCGUGAGCCCCAUGUGUCGACUGGCGCAGAGUGCCACGAAAGGCAGCGCGUCGCUGGCAUUCCUGCGGCGGCAGCAGGAGGUGGAGCGCGCCACACGGGAGGCGAUGGACACGAGCAAAUCAGAUCUUGCACGCCUUUUGCGGAAGGGCGAUGCGGGGCAGCAGGCAGCCGAGGGGCACUUGGGUACCGGCAGUUACUUCUCCAACGUGGAACUAAAAAAAACCGGGAACGAGGACGGACUAGAAGAAGAUGAAACGGAGAUGCUGCGGCAAAAAGUACGAAAGGAGACAGCAAGGCUUGAACGUAUGGUGGAAAACCCCGCCCAUAAUGCGGUGGCCUCCGCUGCGACAGAAAAGGAGGAUGUUGAAAAAGAGGAACGCUCCCGUCAGCAAGAAAUAAUGCUCCGUAGAAGGCAAGAGAAGUUGGAGCGUGUGCAAGAAGCCAGGGACCGCUUGGCAAAAGAGAGCAGCCACGUGGAAGAUUAUGCCGCAAAGCGUUUGGCGCUGAUGGCUUUGCAACGCCAAUUGCCCAUUUAUCGUUGUAAGGAGGAGCUACUGCGCUGUAUUGGCGAGAACCCGGUCUCGAUCAUCAUUGGUGAGACAGGUAGCGGGAAGACGACUCAACUUGUGCAGUAUUUGUAUCAACGAGGCUAUACCAGAGGCGGCGGUAUUAUUGGUUGCACACAGCCCAGGCGUCUUGCCGCCAUUGGGGUGGCACGCCGUGUGAGUGAAGAAAUGGGUUGUGCCUUGGGCACACGUGUUGGUUAUGCCAUUCAUCUUGACGACAACACGACAAAUGAAACAGAAGUGAAGUUCAUGACCGACGGCGUGCUGCUUCGCGAGGUGGUGCGAGAUCCCGAUGUGAGCAAGUACAGUGUCAUUGUUCUGGAUGAGGCACAUGAGCGCUCGGUCAACAACGACGUUUUACUCGGGGUGUUGCAGUCCGCCGUGCGUCGCCGCUCGGACCUCAAACUUGUGGUGACAUCGGCCACGAUGGACAUUUUGAAAUUUUCGAAGUUUUUUGGAAAUGCCCCCUUCUAUGAAAUUCCUGGGCAGACGUAUGACGUUGACGUACAAUACGCCGCGGCCCCUGUAGAGGACUACGUGGCGGAGGCUGUGUUCCGGAUUUGUCAAAUUCACAUCCAGAUGCCACUGGAAGGAAAACAUGACAUUCUUGUCUUUAUGACCGGUCGUGAUGACGUGCUUGGGACGUGCGAAUUAGUUCGGCGUCGCCUGAGAGAAAUGGAUCCAAAAUGGCUCGAGACGCUUUUGGUGCUGCCGUGCCUCUCGGAGGCGGUGAGCGCGGGUGCCAGUGGUGUUCUCGACACCGCACCGCCUGGCAUGCGGAAAUGUGUUGUUGCCACCAACGUUGCCGAGACCUCCUUGACAAUAGAUGGUGUCCGCUACGUUAUUGACUGUGGUUUUAUGAAGACCAAUGUUUUCCGGCCUAAACUCGGCAUGAACACCCUCCAGCGAUACCCCGUCUCUCAAGCGCAGGCGAACCAACGCAAGGGUCGGGCCGGGCGCACAACGGAGGGAUUGUGUUUUCGAUUAUACACGGAAGCCCAAUUUUUGGACGAGAUGCUCCCCAGCAGCGUACCGGAAAUACAGCGUAGCAGCAUUGACAGUGUUGUAUUGUUGUUGAAGAGUAUUGGCGUUGCGCGUCUAGUUGACUUUGACUUCAUGGACCCUCCGCCGGCAGCAAACAUCUGCCGCAGCAUGUGGCAGCUGUGGGUGCUGGGGCUUCUUGACGACAGUGGCGCCAUCACAGCAGAUGGCCGACAGGCUUUGGAGUUCCCGCUUGCACCGUCGCUUGCGAAGGUACUCGUGGAGAGCGCAGGCCUAGGGUGCGGCGUUGAGGCGGUGCGCAUCGUAUCCAUGAUCUCGGCGGAUCCCAAGCAACUUUUUGAGCUACCGAAGGACCGUGAGGAAAUGGCGCGGCAGCACCACGGCCGUUUCUACGUCAAUGAAUCGGAUCAUCUAACGCUACUCAACGUUAUGACGCACUUUCUUGAGAAUGGUAAGUCGCGACAGUGGGCGAAGGAUCAUUUCCUUCACGUUCCUACCCUUCUGCGUGCCUGUGAGGUGCAGCAACAGUUGCUAGAGCGGAUGCGGAUGCUGGGGCUUCCUACCUUAUCGUGUGGCCCCAAGGGAAUGGACCGUGUACGGCAGUGUGUAACGAGUGGAUUUUGCUUGCAGUCCGCGCAGCGUUCCAGCAGCAACUGGAGCGAAUACCGCCCUCUGCUUAACUCUGGUGUUGUAUGUUACGUUCAUCCGUCCUCGGCGGUGUAUGUAAGGUCGGAGAUGCCACUUUACGUUGUUUACCACGAUCUUCUUCUCACGACGCGCGAGUACCUGGUGGUGGUGACGGCAGUAGAGCGUGACUGGCUUAUCGAGGCAUCACGUGGGGUGUUUUGCACCAAAAGUCUGACGAGAGACACAAAGAAAGCAUCAAAUGCACCCCCCACAUCUUGCAGGCCACACGCAACGCUCCCCGCAGGCGUCGGAAACACUGCCAGUGUGGGCAGUUCCACGCAGUUAGGAAGGCCGCGGCAGUUGCCGUCGGUCACUGCACAGCCGAAGGGGACGAUGCUUCCCUCGAAACGACGGCAUAACAUCUAA